UUUGAUUCCAAAAUCCUCAGUAAGCCCGAGCAAAGCCCGAGCACCGCUAUCGUGCCUAAACCUUACGUAAGUCGUAAGAGAAAGAGGUCGACGACAGUCACAACACCCUCCCGAGAACGAAAAUCGAGGCAUGAGUUUCAACUCGUUAAUGCUCGUUGCUGUAUUUGAUUUCAGGUAGUAUCUGAAACCUGUUCGAGCGGCUGAGCCUGGUUGCCUGGAUCAAGCCGAAGUAACAUUCCGGAACGGUUGUCAUUCCCGGGGCGACAAAGCGAUAAGACGUACCAGUGCUCAGGAAUACUCACCUUCUGUAUAAAGUUUCCGAUGGGACUCAAGGUUGCCUCACACAAGCUUCUCCAUCUUCUGACCCAAUCCACAUUGCUGGAGCACCAUGGAUCUCGAACAAAAUUUGCCUAAGUUGCCUUUCACGCCCAUUGAGCACUCUGCCCAGCCCCAAGUCGAGAAACAGCAGCCUUCGCAAUCAUCACUUGGAUUUGAAGACAACGGAGAUCGUCUGGCACAGACCCAGUCAUCGGCGGAUGAGAAGCACUUACUUGGCAAUGUCAGUUCAGGGAGACAUUCACCGGCUCGUGGUCGCAACGAUCCAUAUGCAGAUUUUGAGCCUGUCCCUCAGGCUCCUCCACCUGCGAGAAGCCGGGACGCUCAUAUGAUGCGCGGAUUGUCGCGGCGCACCAUUUCAGGCCAGGCUCCCGUCAGCGCUUCUGGCCUUGGCUACAUAGUGCCUGUCGAAGAGAAACCUCACCGACGGACCAUAGAAGAGCGACUUCGUCCAACUAUUCGCAAUGCGGAGAGGGAGAGGGAACAAUACGCUGUAAAAGCAAAAAUGACAGGCUGGGCGUUGAACGUCGCGAUAGGUUUACAAGUUUUACUCGGGGCGCUUACUACGGGUCUUUCGGCGGCAUUGUCCGGUAAGCAGAUUUCGAUCGUUGUCUCUGUUCUUGGUGGCAUGUCGACCUUAGUUGCUUCCUACCUCGCUCGCGCAAGGGGAUCAAAUGAACCAGAACUAUCUAUCGCGCGCGUGAAGGACCUGGAUCAAUUUUUAAGAGACUGCCUUGCCUUUGAAAUGGACCAUGGACAUGAAUAUGGAACACCCGAAAAUGGGCUGAAUGAUCAGCUCGAGUAUCUCAGAAGAAGGUUUGAGGAACUUCUUGGAAAUGCUGAUGGGCAGCGAAAGCUUUCCCCACCUGUUUGAGUAUACUUCUGGACUUCAUUCCCGCAAACAAGACCGCUGGUGACAAGAUUAGUUUAUGAUAUGCGCAACCCUCCUAGUAAUUCAUCUACAAGCCGAUAUGUAGACCUCUCUGAAAUAGUAUCCAACGUCACUUUGCCGUCCCGAAACAUUCAUUGCAGAUGGCGACUCUU